AUGGGUCGCCGCCUCUACGACCUCCCAAAUGAAGUCCUGGGCCUGGUCAUGGACUACCUGGAGUACGCCUCCGAGGUGCAUGCCCUUGGCCAGAUAUGCGCCCAUCUCCACGCCGUCGUUGACGCCUACCUCUACGCGCACUAUGCGAGAGAGUACUCCCCGCGCGGUUUAGAUCGCAUCAUCCAGAACAACAAUCUCGCUGCGCUGCGCAGGCUGCUCGCUGCGGGAAUCGGUUUCCACCGGUACUACUGCGACACGGGCCACGCAACGCCGCUCCCGCUAGCAGCGAAGAUCGGCCGGGCGGAAGUCGUCCGGCUGCUGCUCGAGUAUGACGGUGUGAGAUUCGUUGCGGACGAUCUCGAUCGUGCGCUGCUGGUGGCCGCGGCGAAGAAUUAUGUCGAUGUGCUGAGGGUUCUAGUGUCAUCUGGCAUGAAACCGUUCGCCUUGAACAAGGCACUGCGGACUGCGGCUGAGAUGGGCUCGCUUGCCUCCGUCCGAUAUUUGAUCGAGGACGUCGGGGUGGAGGUCGAUUCGUUGGACUACAACAAGACUCAUAGCCCGCUCAUGUAUGCGGCGGGGCGAGGGGAUUUGGAAAUGGUGCAGUUCCUUGUCCAGGCUGGGGCAAACCUCAUGCUUCCCUGUCACCGGGGCCUUAAGGGGACACCACUUGCUCUUGCAGCCCGAAUGGGCUAUGAGAAUGUGGCACGGUUCCUGGUUGAGUCUGGCGCACAGUCUGAUUCCGGCAAUGGCACCCUACUCGAGGACUUGAGCGAGCUGGUGCUUUAUGAGGGAAACACGACGAUCCUGUCCUUGUCGACGCAGUUGGAUCCAUAUGCAUUGCUCGAAUCCCAUGGCCCAGAGAAACCGAGCGAGUUUCUCUGUCUUGCCGUGGCGAUUGGCGACGUGGCCCUUGUGCAGAAAGCCAUGGAGAUAGGGGCUCCUGUCGAUUGGGAACAAGGAUGGCAGCUUUUCUACACCGCUGCCAUGCUAGACCAAAAAGCGGCUGCAAAUUACCUUCUAGAGGAAUUAAUGAAGAAGUCCGACCUAGAGUCCAGAUGCGACUGGAUUGGCUUAAUUGAAAGUUCUCUCAUGCUCGGCAAUAAGCUCCUCCUCUCGCUUCUCCUGGAUCACGAGCCAUCAGGCAGGUUAGCAGCGAUGUCCAACUCCUGGAAGACUACGAAGCUCCUCGAGACAGCCGAAGAACGCUCGCAGCUUCUCAAUAUUCUCGUUGCGCGCCUCGGCUUAGACAACAUAGAAACUGUAGACGAGUUUACUAGACUCGCGAUUGGUGCCUAUUCCAGAGACGAUUAUGCGCUGGCUGAACGAGUCCUAGAGCAAAGCAGACUUGGCCCGCUGGACACGCUUGUCGUCCCGGACACUGCCCUGAAUGGGUUAUCGCAGCGCAGCAUUCUCCAAAUCGCCGCGCACUAUAGCUCGUUCGAAUGUUUCGAGAGGCUUGUGCAGCGUGUGACGCUUGACCCUGCCAAUCCCUUAUGCCGCGCCGCGCUCGCCAGCGCAGCCGUAAGUGCGAAAGCCGAGACCGUCAAGUACUUCUUGGACCGGGGUUUCGAUGUAAACGCACUCUAUGAAGAUGUGGAAUCGAAUGACGCUGCGGAAGCACUGCCUCUGAUUGUGCUCGCUGCAGGUUCACAUCCAGACCGGCACACCGAGUUGUGGGCGUAUGAAAACGCCGCCGUCGCAACGAUAAAUCUCUUGCUCGAUUACGGAGCCGAGAUUGACAAGACUGGGCUAGGCCAAAACACCGCCCUGGCCACGGCCGUGAAGGCUAAACGCCUGAACCGGGCGAGAAUCUUGUUCAACGCAGGCGCCAACCCGCUAGCCGGCGUCGAGACCGGACAUAGCGCUCUGGAGGUGGGAAUCAAGACCGCGCUGGGGUAUGAAAAGUUCAAGUUGGACCUACCGGACUUUGGCAUUCUUGAAUUGGUCGAGGCGUUUGUCAACGUGGCCGCAGCUCAAAGACACCGGUGCGAGGAUAUCCUCCGACUGACCCAUUCUCUGGGCGAAGGGCUGCUCCCUCGAAAACCCCAUAUGGAUGGACUGGUAGGCGUGGCAGCCGAGUCGCUACAUAACACUGCGGCUUCAAUUGGACCAGCGCAUGACGACCCAGAGCGGAUCAGUUGGGCAAGGUUUUUCAUUAUCAAAGCAUUGAGGCGGUAUCACUGGCGGUUGAAGCAUUUAUACCCCGGCGCAUAG